UGGCCGCGGGUCCCGCGCGCGCCGCGCUCGUCCGGUCCGGCCCGGGCCCGAGCGGGUGGAGGAGCCCCCCGAGGAGCCGGGGUCCGCGGCCCGCGCCCCCAGACAUGGUGGGCCACCUGCAUCUGCAGGGCAUGGAGGAGAGCCUCCGGGAGAAGAGCCGGGAGGGCCUGCUGGACAGCCCCGACUCCGGGCUGCCGCCCAGCCCCAGCCCCAGCCCGCCCUUCUACUCCCUGGCGCCCGGCAUCCUCGACGCCCGCGCGGGGGCCGCCGGCGCCCCCUUGGAGCCCCCCGGAGCCGGCGAGGCCAGAGCGCCCCCUGCCCUCCCCCCGAAUUCCCCAGCGCUUGAGAUGAGGCCCCGGAUGCUGCCUGUGUUCUUCGGGGAGGGCAUCGAGGUGCACCCAGAGCCCAUGCACGAGAUCCGCUGCAACUCGGAGGUCAGGUACACCUCGGAGAAGCACUUCCAGGACAAUGUCUUCUACGUGCCGGUGCCCACGGUCACGGCCUACAGUGAGACGAUCGUGGCGGCACCCAACUGCUCGUGGCGCAGCUACUGCAGCCAGCUGACCCUGGAGCCGCGGCCCCGGGCCCUGCGCUUCCGCAGCACCACCAUCAUCUUCCCCAAGCACGCCAGGAGCACCUUCCGGACCACCCUGCGCUGCAGCCUGGGCCGAGCCAGCCGCCGGUUCACCUCCAGCGUACAGCUCCAGCUGUGCCAGCACCCCCGCCUCCUGGGGCCCGCGGCGCUGCUCUGACCUUGGCCCGGGCAGGGGGCCCAAGGCGGACUCUGGGGUCAGGCCGGAGCCGGGGCAGGAGGGAGGUGGGGGAGGCCUGGUCCCUGUGGCCGCUCUGUAGACACCUCUGCCUCACUGGCACACGGACGGGUGGAGCGGCGCGGGUGGGGCUCCCUGAAGCUGCGGCAGGCGGCGGCCCGGGGGACCCACAGAGGGAAGGCCACAUCCUCUGCAGCUCCGCGAGACCCUGGCUCCCAGGCUGAGUGUGAGGGAAGAGGGGUGCCUCCCAGACAGCCCCGCCUCCCGGGAGGAGGGGUCUCCAGAGCUGGCCCUUCACCGGUGCUCUGAUGGAGGCCCAGGCUGAGCGAAGGGGGCUUGGCCGGGGCUCAGGGGUGGAAGCAGGGCUAGUGCCAGCGAAGACCCAAGCCGCCCGCAUCCUGCAGAGGAUUGAGGGCGCAGCCCGCCUAAAUUGAGGCCUUUGAGCUCUGCAUCUGGAGCUUCGCCCCCCUGGCGUCCCACUAACCUCUGUCCCCAAGACCCCCUCAGAAACAGGACUCUCAUGCCAGAGCCUUUGCACCAGGUGCCAAGGGGAGGCGUCGAAGCUUCCAGAAUGGCCACCAGUCACCUGUGUGAGGGUCCAGGCUCAGUCGUCGGCUUAGAGAGACACCAUGGGGGCUCCUGCCCAUGGUGAUGCCACACGCACAGCCCCAAGGACUGCAGGGCUCGCCUUGCGUGUGAUGCCAGGACGCGCCAGGGGCUGGGGCCAUGGGGCAGUGCUGCCCAGACUGGCGCCCCAGGAGCCCCCAGCGUGGCCGCCGAGGGGCCCCCUGACCUGCUCACCCCCCCACGACGGGGGCCGAAAGGCUCUCGGGGGCUUCAGCCCCACACGGGGAUGAGAGAAGCAGCUCACAGCUCACACGAAAGAGAGGCAAAGUGCCUGAUAUAUUUUUAUAUAUCUAACAGAUGGUGCAUGUUCUCUCCAGUCUGAUUAACAAAGAAAUAACUUAAAAACUUGACUGAUAUUAUCUUAAUAAAAUGUGCAAACCUGAA